UUAUUCGAGAUUUUAAAAUUUAUGCAGGACAGCCAUGUUAUAAGAAAACAAAGUAAAUUUUAUUAGAUUUCAGCCUAGAAUUCUACCACAGAUAAAAUACCUUUCUACCAGGCGAAAUCCCGUCUAUUUUUUGACAUGAGCGCUGAUUCUGUAGACACCAAAGGUGAAGGAGUGGAAAAUGUUUUAGAUGACAUUCUUGAUGGAAAUCCUGGUGAUGAUGACCUUAACACUGAAGAAAAUGAAAAUGUAGAGGAAAAUGUAGCAAUAACAACCACUAAGAAAAAGAUUGUAAAGAAGGUAGCUGCCAAAACAACAAAAUCAAAAGGCAAAGCAGCUACUGUCAAAAAAACACAAGCAGCCAAAGCAGCUGCUAAAAAAGCAGAAACUGCAGCUAAUUCAAAAACAGAGGAAACACCAGAGGAAACUACACCAAAGAAAACCAUAAAGAAAACGCCUACAAAAAGAGCCACAACUAAAGCCACAAAAGCAACAGCUGAAAAGAAGGCACGUAAGGCGGUAGUUACAGAGGUAGCGGAGGAAGAUGAUGCCGAGAUAGAAGACAAAGAUGAUGAUGAUAAAAACAACACAGAUCCAGAGGCAGAGCUCCUGGAUUUGGUCAAGACAUCGAAGGAGACAAUGAAAGAUGCAGAUAUCGUUGAUAUACUACAAGAUUACGAAUUGGAAAAGACUUCUAUAGCGGAUCAUGAGUUAUCCUUUAACAAUAGUGAUGUGAAUGAUAGUAACUUACACGAAACGUCAGAGGAGAUCCUAAAUCCAGAGGUGAUGGAGAACGACUUUGACACUCGUAGUGAGACCAGUGAACAGCACAGUCAGGAUGUCCUGUCUGGUGGUGGAUCAGAAAUGGAAUCUGAUGGUGAAGGUGGGGACGAAGAGGGGAAGUCCCGAAAAAGAAAAUCGUCAGAUGGACGAGCAAUCUCACCAAUAGAGUGGGAUAAAAGUGAGGAAGAAGAGGAGGACGAUGAUGAUGAUGAAAAGUCUGGUGAUGAGGGUAGUGAUAAAGGCAGUAAGAAAUCAGUUGAUGAUGAAGAGAAAGCACGGAAGAAGAAGUUGAAAUAUUUCUUUAAGAAUGCAAGAUACUAUCUUGUGAAGAGUAACAAUCAUGAGAAUGUGGCAUUAGCAAAGGCAAAAUGUGUCUGGUCUACCCCUCCACAGAAUGAAGCUAGACUUAAUCAGGCUUACAGGGAAUGUGAUAAUGUGAUUCUUGUAUUUUCUGUGAAAGAGAGUGGUAAAUUUCAAGGCUGUGCCAGGUUAGCAGCGCCAUCUACAAAAGAUCAUCCACCAAUACGGUGGGUAUUGCCUCCAGGUCUCAGCGCUAAGGCAUUAAGUGGAGUCUUCAAACUCGAUUGGAUAAGCAGGCGUGAACUCGAUUUUAUGAAGACAACACACCUACACAACAAUUGGAAUGAAAACCGUCCAGUCAAGAUAGGGAGAGAUGGUCAGGAGAUUGAACCAAGAUGUGGUGAAGCACUUUGCAAGUUGUUUCCUACAGAUGAUAAUGUGGAUUUGAACGAUAUUGUGCGCGAGGCGAAACGAUCAAGUGCUAGGCGAGGAGAUUUUAAUUCAAGAUCAAAUCGAGGGAGAGAUUCUUUCAGAGGUCGCGGUGAUUUUAGAAGGCGUCGACCUGACUUCAGAAGAGAUUAUGGUCCACCCCCUAAACGUAGUCGACAAGAUUUUGGCAGAGAUAGAGGAUUUUUCCGAGACAGACGUUCAGACCGAGGUUCAUCCAGAUACAAUCAGGGAGUACGAAGAGAAACAUUUAUCAAUGGGUCCUACAAUGAUUAUAUGAGGGAGUUUGUACACAGAGCUCCAGCCCCGCCUCCAAUGCCGCCAUAUGGACCACCGCCUCAGGCCUAUAGCAUAGAUCCUAUGGCACAAUAUCAGAGUUACGAGCAUUCACGAGAGUACCAGAUGCCUCCACCAGACUACAGUCGAUCUCAUUCCCCUCCAAGAUCUAGAUCUGAAAAACGCUCAAGUCGAGACAGCUAUGAUAAAUAUGAAAGUCGCUACACAUCAUCAGGAAAUUAUGAUAGAGAUGUAGAGGACUUUUUACGACGCACCACAGGAGGCAGUUCAUCAAGAAGCCGAGAUCACGACAGGGAUCGUAGCCGUGAUAGGGAGAGAGAGCGUGAACACAGACAUAGAGAGAGAGAACGUGAUGGUGAGAGAGAUAGACACAGGGAGAGGCAUCGUGAACGGAGAUGAGAUUGGGCAUUUUUAUAUAGAGUGUAUGAUAGCGGGAAUGAUUGAAAUAUUUUUACCGACCAGUGCAUGGUUCUGAAUUGUAUGGUUGUGCUUUGGUAAAUCCAAGAUUUGUAUACAUAAAAGAGGGUUUAUAUUAGAGAGAGAUUUGUGGGUUUUAUGCGCAAAGCAAGUCUCGUUAAUGUUGAGAUUUGGAUAUUCUAUAUAAGGUACUGCUAUCUAAAUGUGAUUCUAAUGUUUUAGUGGCACACUUUACUUGGCUGCUGAUUAGGGCUGUCAUUCAUUGUCAGUGUAUUUAAAGCAUGAUCAGGGUGACAGUAUAUCAAUUCACAAUUCGGUAAUAUAGAUUCAGUCAAGAAGAAGAAAAAAUAGACCAGAUAACUGAAAGAUAUUUCAUUUGAAUACUCAGACUUGCUUGCAUGUUCUAUAUAAUCAGAUUUCGAGUGAAAAAACUGUCUUGGUGGUGAAAUUAAUGUGAAUGGAUCUAUUUCAUCCAGCCACAACUUUGUGUUUAUAAAAGUCUUCUUGAUACAUUUUCAAUUUCUGUCAGUUAAAAUAUCAAUUAAUUUUUUUUUUUUCAAUCAGUGACAGUCCUACUACAUGUUUUGACAUAAGUUACUUGGUACAAACAGGAGUGCCCAACCAAAAAAGAAUUCUGUAAGAUAAUUGCACCAUUAUUCAAGUUAACAAAACAAGAUUGUAUUCUUUUUUGGUGCAAAAAUUUCUUGUAUGAUAUAAAUUUUGGGCAUGUGCCACUGAAUUAUAUUACUGACAUAUUAGCAAUAUUGACCAAGUUUUGAAGAUAUUAAGUUGAAUUACUAAUGGUUGAUUUGCAGUUAGAUGGCAGUACAAUGUUUUAUAUAUGUACUUGUUAACAUGGGAUAACACAUGAUUUUUGUACAGUGAUAGAUAUAUUUGUAUAAAUUCCAUAAUGUAUUUUAACUGUGUGCUAUUACAUUAUCAAAAAGUCAUAUCAUUAUUUUGUACACCAUUUGUAUAUAUUUCUAGACCUGUUCAUGUUCCAAACCUCACCUUUGUAGUUUAUUCAAAUUCACCUUGAACAUUAAUAUCAUUUCAGAUUUUAGUUGCUAACUUGUAACCUGACCCAGUAAGACUUGCUCAUUCCCUGUAAGAUCCUUCACUGUUCAUAUUUCAUAUUUCUGGAGGAUGAGCAAAUCAACCAAUUUUAGAUUAGCAGUUGCCUUGUUACUAUGUAUAAAUAUAUUACACAUUAGGUAAUUGUAAGGUAAUUACCUUCCCAGUCUUGGUGUUCAUUGACAAUUAAUUUUAGUAUGUUUUAACAUCAGUCUGAAAACAAAGUUAAAUAGCCUGUGUACAUUUAUAUUAAAAGUUUUUCUGACAGGUAAACAUAGUUUAGGCAGCAAUUAGUGAAAGGAUAGCAAAUCUGUUACAGCAGUUUAUACAAUAGUAGAUAUAAUAUACAGAUUUAUAAGGAUCUCUGACAGUUUUAUAUGAACACUGCCAAAGUUUUGGAAGUACACUUAUUUGUACCAGUAAAUUGGUACCUGAUACAUCUAUCAAUUUACUGGUACAAAUCAGUAGGUAAAAUGCAGAAUACUUCACAUUUAUAUUGUUUUUACCAGUUGAAGGACUUAGGGGUCAAUUUUCCAAAAGAUGUUAAAAAUAUAUAACUUUUCAAUUUAAUGUUUCCAUCAACGUUUUCAAGUUCAUACGUAGUAGAGAAUCAUUAGAUGUUGAAAUUUACUUAAAUUUGUCAAAACAAAAUUAUUUCAAGGUAGUUGUCUCAUUGUCUAACACCAAAGUCAUACUGACUAUGGAGAGAUUAUUUUAUGCAUAAAUUCCAUAUCAUCUUGAUCUUUUUGGGACCUAGUUCAUACUAAUUGUUUUAUGCUCAUUUUUGACUCGUUUUGUUGUUGUGAACUAACACGUUUAUAAAGCAUUGUCAUGUUGAGAUUUCCAUUGUGUUUAUACUUCAGAAAACUGGCAUUUAUCUCUUAAAAAUGAGAGAAUAGUGUUUGCAAAUAUUUGGUACAGUAUUAUAUUUUAUGAAAAACUACAUUUGCAUAUAACUGAACAGCAUUGCCUGUAAGGUCAUCCUUAAUAAAUUGUCUCAUUUUUUUGCAGUGCUCUUGCUGACAUGCCAAAAUUGUCCCAACCUUCAAAAAUGUUUUGACCUCUGAAAAUUACUUUCAAAUACGAAGAUAAGACAUUCUGUUUCCUUCUUUCAGUCAUAUUGCAGUAAUUGUUUAACGUACAAAACAAAUAAUGUAAAAUGUAAGAAUUACUUCAUUAUUAAUCUCAGUGAAUCUUCAGUUGCUAUGAUUUUGGAGGGAUUGAUGACAAGUACUCCUCCAAAAAAAUCAUCUACAAACUUAACCACCUCUUAAUAAUCUGGGUCAGAGCACAGCUAACAGACAGUUUUAAAAGGAUGGCCUUAACUUAACAUAUUUGUGCAAUUUGUCUCACUAUAUUGGCUAUCACCAGUUGUGCAGGAUUAUACAGAUGCCAUUUUGACAUUCAUUUUCAUUUACUGGAAGUUUUUGGUAACUACAAGUUUAGUGGUUGAUUUUGUACACCUUAUUAAAUAUCUAAAAAGUAAAUGCAUCAAGAUACAUGAAGGUUUUAUGUAAAAGAAAUAAUGCAGUUUCAUGAAUUAAAUAAGUCACUAAUAUAUAGUUGAAAAAUGGUCAAUCUGAUAGUUAUCUUUUGACUUGAGUUUUAAUGAAAAUAAUAUGAUUGUAAUAUUUCAUUACCAUUUUUAAGAAAGAAGCAGUGCGAAACCUGCGUUAGCAAGCAUGCUUGUUUGUCAUAUUUCUCAGAGGGAAAAUAUUUCUUUGAUAUUUCAUUUUACAAUUUAGGGUACAUAUGCUGCAAAUUGUCAGGAAAUCCAUUUGAAAUAUUUUCUAUAUAUAAAUACAGCAAUAAUGUGUUCCAGGCCUGUAUUUCUUCAGCCUCUUUGCUACAAAUUUGAUUUCAUCUGUAAAAUGUUGAUUUUUCCAAUUUGGUAUUUUUAUGGCUUAGAUAUGUUAUUCUGUGUAAACUUUGUUUGAAUGUAGGUCGUAAAAUACCAUUCUGCAAAGAUGAGCAAAAGCCACAGAUAAGCAAAAAUAGAUGAAACAGUUUGAAAUCUAAAUUUCUGACUAUCUGAGAAAUACAUGCCUUGAAACUAUUAAUCUAAUAAAAACUUUCAUUGACAUUCUCUGAGUUAGUCUGUAAAUAAUUUUAUCAUUUGAUUGUAAUUAUAUUGUAUCUCCUAUAAUAUUAUAGGGAUUUAUUUCUUACCUGCAUUAUUGUAUAAUAAUGUUUCACCUGAAGUGGAAUAAAUACAAAUUUAUACAAGA